GGCCCACCAAUGCUAUUAAUGGACGCAGGUACCGGGCUAGUGGCAGGUGGCGCGUAUCCGCUGGGAACGGCACGAAAGAAAGCUGCUGGUUGCGUAGCCAGCGACUAGACGAGCAGACAGCAUGGGAGAAAAUAGAUGCAGUGUCAAAGAAUAGAUCGGACGACGUCGUCGCUGAUACCCGCAGAAUAGGGGCGUCAGCAGUGUUGAGGCUGAUGAUGAGCUGCGUGGAAGUUUAAGUAAAACCCGCGUUUCGAACUCAAGCUCCGUACAUAUAACAAUACAUCAUUGGGCAAACAGGGCAGCAGCAGCUCGUCUCGUCCUGUCCCACUCCCAAACACCACUCUUCGCUCUUUCUUUACCGCUCUUCUCCCUCCUACACACCCACACAUCGGCCUUGGGGAGCACUUGUCAUCACGCCGCACGACUCUGCUUGCAUUCUUUGAGCUGCACCCGCAACCAUGUGCGGAAUCUUUGGGUACAUCAACUACCUGGUCGAGAAGGACCGCAAGUUCAUCCUCGACACACUCGUCAAUGGUCUCGCUCGUCUCGAAUACAGAGGAUACGACUCCGCCGGUCUCGCCAUCGAUGGCGACAAGCGCAAUGAGGUGUUCGCAUUCAAAGAGGUGGGAAAGGUCGCCAAGCUGAAGCAGUUGAUCGAGGCAGAGAAGCCAGACCUGACCAAGGUCUUUGACAACCACGCUGGUAUUGCACACACCCGAUGGGCCACCCACGGUCCUCCCAGCAGAGUCAACUGCCAUCCUCACCGAUCAGACCCCAAGUGGGAGUUCGCUAUUGUGCACAAUGGCAUAAUCACAAACUACAAGGAGCUCAAAACUCUGCUCGAGGGCAAGGGCUUCAAGUUCGAGACCGAGACAGACACAGAGGCCAUUGCGAAAUUGGCCAAAUACAUCUACGACCAGCACCCGACCAUUGACUUCACCACUCUUUGCAAGGCGGUGAUCAAGGAGCUGCAAGGUGCUUUCGGUCUGCUCAUGAAGAGUGUGCGCUACCCUGGCGAGGUCGUUGCUGCCCGCAAGGGUUCGCCGCUCGUGGUUGGUGUCAAGACGCAGAAGAAGAUGAAGGUCGACUUUGUCGAUGUUGAGUUCGGUGACAGCGGUGAUGUUCUCCCAGCAGAGCAAGCGAGCCAGAACGUGGCUGUUAGGAAGAGCCCUGGCAUGCUCGGCGCCGGCCUCCUCGCACCGCCAGACAAAUCCCUCCUCCACCGCUCCCAAUCGCGAGCUUUCCUCUCGGACGAUGGCGUUCCUCAGCCAACCGAGUUCUUCCUCUCCUCCGACCCAGCCGCCAUUGUCGAGCACACCAAGAAGGUGCUGUACCUCGAAGACGACGAUAUCGCACACAUUCACGAGGGCCAGCUCAACAUCCACCGCUUGUCCAAGACCGAUGGCACUAGCAAUGUCCGCGCUAUCCAGACUUUGGAGAUUGAGCUCCAAGAGAUCAUGAAGGGCCGAUUCGACCAUUUCAUGCAGAAAGAGAUUUUCGAGCAGCCAGAAUCCGUCGUCAACGCCAUGCGUGGUCGUUUGAACUUGGAGGACAAGACUGUCACACUUGGUGGCCUGAAGCAAUACAUCAGCACCAUCCGUCGCUGCAGACGUCUCAUAUUCAUCGCGUGUGGUACCUCGUUCCACUCCUGCAUGGCGGUGCGUGGAGCUUUCGAGGAGCUGACUGAGAUCCCGAUCUCAGUCGAGCUUGCCUCUGAUUUCUUGGAUCGACAAGCACCAGUCUUCCGUGACGACACUUGCGUGUUUGUCUCGCAAUCCGGUGAGACUGCAGAUUCGCUCAUGGCUCUUCGCUACUGCCUUGAGCGUGGUGCUCUCACUGUGGGUAUUGUCAACGUCGUUGGAUCUAGCAUUUCCCUCAUGACACACUGCGGUGUACACAUCAACGCCGGCCCAGAGAUUGGUGUUGCCUCCACCAAGGCCUACACAUCUCAAUUCGUGUGCAUGAUCAUGUUUGCACUGCUGCUGUCCGAAGACCGCGCGAGCAAGGUCCAGAGGCGUUUGGAGAUCAUGGAGGGUCUUGGCAAGAUCUCUGAGCAGUUCAGAGAGAUUUUGAAGAUGGACCAGCAGAUCAAGGAGCUGUGCAUGAAGUUUAAGGACCAGAAGUCUUUGCUUCUGCUUGGUCGUGGUGCUCAGCACGCCACAGCACUCGAGGGUGCUCUCAAGAUCAAGGAAAUCUCCUACCUUCACUGCGAAGCCGUCAUGUCUGGUGAGCUGAAGCACGGUGUUCUGGCGCUCGUGGACGAGAACCUGCCAAUCGUGAUGAUCCUCACUCGCGACCCAAUCUUCGCCAAGUCGCUUAACGCCUACCAGCAAGUCAUUGCCCGCAAGGGUCGUCCUAUCGUCAUUUGCAACACUGGCGACAAGGAGUUCCCAGGCGAGAAGACCGACAAGAUCGAGGUUCCACAAACCAUCGAUGUGUUGCAAGGUCUGCUCAACGUUAUCCCACUUCAACUCAUGUCCUACUGGCUCGCAGUUGCUGAGGGUCUUAACGUGGACUUCCCUCGCAACUUGGCCAAGUCGGUGACUGUGGAGUAAACGAUUUCACGCAGCGUAAAAUGGGAGUUGGAUGCCGGAAUGGCAGGAUACAGCGAGCUUUGGAAGAAACGAUACCUUGACAGAACCUCAGCUGGAACUGUGCGUCGCGAGGAUAUGUACGAUGAAUGAGACAGACCAGCUUAUGAAGACCAAGACUCGACAGCAAGUGAUGAAUAGGUCGAUACAGAAUAAAUUGAAAGCGAGUAAACGGGC